UUUCCUCGUGGAUGUAUACAUACUAGCUGAAUACCCAGUUCUCAGUCGACUGAAACAUGUCUAAACUACAGUCGUUUCGUGUGUUUUUAAAUGAGCGUUUAACCGCGGCAGCUGUGGAGAUUUUCGGGGCAGUUGAAGAAACGGUAGCGGAGUACCGCGAGGAGAAUGAUCCGCUACGGAGACUGCUGCGGAUCACACCGGAGAUAAAACUAUGUAGAAUAGACUCCCUGCAGCUCUCUCUCACUGUCUCUGAAGAGGGGGUUCUCCCUGAGCAGCAGCACUGUGAGCAGGAGUGGAGCCCCAGUCUGGGGCAGGAGAACCCAGAGCUUCCACAGAUUAAAGAGGAACAGGAGGAACUCGGGACCAGUAAGGAAGAAGAGCAGCUUCAAGGUCUGGAGGCUGAUAUCAAAUUCACUCCUUCCUGUGUGAAAAGUGAAUGUGAUCAGGAGGACCCACUUCAGUCCAUGACUCUUCCCCAAACCCAGACUGUGGAGAACAGAGAGCGUGACCCUAAACAAGUGGAUCUCACACCUUUUGUUACUGUGACCCACGUUAAGGGUCUCUACAUUCCCUGUGACCCUCCAGAUAAUCACAAUGGUGCCUCCAGCCAAUGCUCAGCCGUAAGCAGUGACCCAGUAGGACUUCACAGCAACCCGCCAUUGGAUCCCAGCUCACCAUUGGAUCCAAACCCAUCAAUAGGUGAACACUGUUCCAAACCCAGCACCACGUCUAGAAAAACUCACCACUGCCGUGAUUGUGGUGAAAUGUUUGCUCUGAAACCUGACCUGCAGAGGCAUGUGACUCUCUCCAAGAAGAGACUCAGUGAAUGCCGCUUCUGCAGAAAACGCUACAACUCCACCUGUAAACUGAAGGCCCAUGUCAGCCUCUGUCACAGUGGGAAACCCUACACCUGCCCUGUUUGUAGCAAGACCUUCAAACUCAAAGGAGAUCUGUCCAAGCACAUGAGGAUUCACACAGGGGAGAAACAAUUUAAGUGUGGCGACUGUGGGAAAAGGUUCAAUCGUAAGGAACACUUAACAGUGCACAUGGUGACUCAUACAGGAGAGAAACCAUUUAGCUGUGAUGCUUGUGGGAAAAGCUUCAGUCACAAGGGGUCCCUAAAGAAGCAUACAUUGACUCACACAAGAGAGAAAUCAUUUAGCUGUGGUGACUGUGGGAAAAUGUUCAAUCACAAGGAACACUUAGCCAUACACAUGGUGACUCAUACAGGAGAGAAACAAUUUAUCUGUGACGACUGUGGGAAAAGCUUCAGUCACAAGGGGUCCCUAAAGAAGCAUACACUAACUCACACAGGAGAGAAAUCAUUUAGCUGUGGUGACUGUGAGAAAAGGUUCAAUCGCAAGGAACACUUAACCAUACACAUGGUGACUCAUACAGGAGAGAAACAAUUUAUCUGUGACGACUGUGGAAAAAGCUUCAGUCACAAGGGGUCCCUAAAGAAGCAUACACUAACUCACACAGGAGAGAAACCAUUUAGCUGUGGUGACUGUGGGAAAAGCUUCACUCAAAAGUCUAAUUUUCUGACGCAUGUGAAAAACAUCCACAAAGGCGGCAAACAGGAUGAAAACUGAAAGAAGAAAGAAAAUUAGGACAAAGAUAUAUUUAGUCACAAGAUCAGGAUGUGGACAAUAUUCUGAAUGAACUAUGAAUGUGUCAAGGACUUCUGAAAUUCUACAGAAUUUGUGGCCCUGCAGGAAGAUCAGCAUAUCACAAAUCCAGAGGUUGUCAGUUCAAAUCCCAGGUUGGGUCAUAUUGAAAAGUCUACUAAGUGAUUAUGUCAAAUGUAAUCAUAUUGUCAUUGAGUACCUUUUUUUCUUUCUUUUUUACACCAGUUUUGCUAAACAGUGUAUUACUAACCUUAACAGAAUACAUGGUUCCAAAUAAAAUACAAUUGUAUUGGUCACA